AUGGCUUCCGCUAUUUUCUUCUUAGACUUGAAGGGCAAGACCCUUCUAGCCCGCAACUAUCGUGGAGACAUUCCCAUGUCCGCGGUCGAGAAAUUCCCCGUCCUCCUCAACGAAGCUGAAGAAGAAAGCUCCGCCGUUCCUCCGUGCUUCUCUCAUGAAGGUAUCAAUUACCUCUACAUCCGCCACAGCAACCUCUAUAUCCUCGCCUUGACCAAGCGGAACACCAAUGCGACGGAGAUCCUCCUUUUCCUCCACAAGAUCGUGGAGGUCUUCACAGAAUACUUCAAGGUGCUGGAGGAGGAGAGUAUCCGUGACAACUUCGUCAUCAUCUACGAGCUGCUGGACGAAAUGAUGGAUUUCGGCUAUCCGCAAACAACAGAGACCAAGAUCCUGCAAGAAUACAUCACACAAGAGUCGCAUAAGCUCGAAAUUCAAGCCCGACCCCCCAUUGCUGUCACAAACGCCGUCUCCUGGCGAAGUGAAGGAAUCCGCUACCGCAAGAACGAAGUCUUCCUGGAUGUGGUCGAAUCUUUGAAUCUCCUGGUGUCUGCCUCCGGCAAUGUCCUGCGAUCCGAGAUCCUGGGCGCCAUCAAGAUGAAGUGCUACCUGAGCGGUAUGCCCGAGCUGCGGCUCGGCCUGAACGACAAGGCCAUGUUCGAAACGACCGGCCGCGCGACACGAGGCAAGGCGGUCGAGAUGGAGGAUGUCAAGUUCCACCAGUGCGUGCGGCUGUCCAGAUUCGAAAACGACAGGACCAUCAGCUUUAUCCCACCGGAUGGAGAAUUCGAGCUCAUGAGCUAUCGUCUGAACACCCAGGUCAAACCGCUGAUCUGGGUCGAGUGUCUGGUGGAGUCGCACUCCGGUUCCCGGAUGGAGUAUAUGUUGAAGGCCAAAGCACAAUUCAAGCGCCGCAGCACAGCGAACAACGUGGAAAUCCUUGUCCCCGUCCCCGAGGACGCAGACUCCCCCCGCUUCCGCACCAACAUCGGAACCGUGCACUACGCGCCCGAGAAAUCUGCCAUCAUCUGGAAGAUCAAGCAGUUCGGCGGCGGGAAGGAGUUCCUCAUGCGCGCCGAACUCGGCCUGCCAUCCGUCAAGGGCGACGACGAGCACGGCGGCGGCAUGACCGGCGGCUUCGGCGGUAGCAUGGGCGGAACAGGCCAGGGCAAGGCCAAGCGGCCCAUCAACGUCAAGUUCGAGAUCCCCUACUUCACGACAAGCGGUAUCCAAGUCCGGUACUUGAAAAUCACGGAGCCGAAGUUGCAAUACCCCUCCCUCCCCUGGGUCCGAUACAUCACGCAGUCGGGCGACAUCGCCGUCCGCAUGCCCGAUGUACAAUAA